AUGCUACACUACCGAACACAGGGCUACAAUGGCUAUGCGGUAAAAUAUUCGCCUUUCUUCGAUAACCGCUUAGCCAUCGCAAGUGCAGCCAAUUUUGGCCUGGUCGGUAAUGGCCGGUUAUACGUUCUUGAGCUCACUGCUAAUGGGAUUGUGCCCGUGAAAUGGUUCACCACACAAGAUUCCCUCUAUGACCUUGCUUGGUCUGAAAUCCACGAGAACCAGGUCCUCGCUGCAUCGGGUGAUGGCAGCAUCAAGCUCUACGACACGACCGCCGAUGAUUUCCCUAUUAUGAACUGGAAAGAACACGGUCGGGAGGUUUUUAGUGUGAAUUGGAACAUGGUGGCAAAAGACCGCUUCUGCUCUAGCAGUUGGGAUGGCACUGUUCGACUCUGGACACCUCAUCGCCAGCAGUCCAUCCUCACCCUACCUACUCAUAGCUGCACCUACUCCGCGGCCUUCUGCCCACAUAACCCCGAACUCAUUUCAUGUGUCACCUCAGACUCCUAUAUCCGUGUCUUCGAUCUCAGAACGCCAGCUUCUGCUUCCAACCACCUUGUUGUCCAGAUACCCAACCACGCAGCCCCAGUGGCACCCGCCAUUCCUGGUCAACCAGGAAUGCCUCCGGCCGCGGCCCAACCAGCCGAGAUUCUCACUCAUGACUGGAACAAAUAUCGCCCUACAGUCCUUGCAACAGCCGGUGUUGACCGAGCCAUUCGCACAUUCGAUAUUCGUGCCCCACAACAGGGACCUCUAUCCAUCAUGCUUGGCCAUGACUACGCGAUUAAAAAAAUGGCCUGGUCGCCACAUUUAUCAGACGUUCUCCUGACUGCAAGCUACGAUAUGACCUGUCGUGUUUGGAGUGACCGGUCAAAUACCAGCGGGGCUGGUGAUGUGGACCUUAUGCGAUCUGGUCCAGCGGGUCCGGUUGCCGGCUCGGAGCUAGGAAGAAUGGGACGACACACAGAGUUUGCUACCGGUGUAGACUGGUGUCUGUUUGGAAGUGAAGGGUGGUGUGCCAGUGUCGGAUGGGAUGAAAGCCUUUAUGUGUGGGAUGUGCGAGGAGUAAUUUCAUCGUGA